AUGGCAGCUGCGACUGAAGCAAAUGCGCUCGGUUACAACUUGAAGGUGGACUAUGUGAUUCACUAUAGUUUUGGUGAUUCAGAUCAGUCACGGGCCAUCGUUCAGCUGGAGAAUCUUCUGCGAGCUCUCGCCCAUGCGGGUCUUCAAAUUGAAAUUCGUCAGGGAGACGAGUCGUCACUCCUCAUCUUUGUUCGCGCCCCCAAGAAACAACUCAACCGGGCGGUCUAUCAGUCGCGAGUGCGUGACUGGCUCUAUGGCAUUCGCAAUACAGAACCGGAGCCGGCCAGCUCCGUCGAACCACAGAAUGAGGCCGAGCGUCUGCGCGUGAUUGAGCAUAUGAUGACGCUGCCCACAGCAGAGGGUGGUGUUGGAAUCACCCCUAAUCACGGCGAGUGGAAGAAUGUCACGAAAAUUCUGCCUCUUCAUGACGAGGAAACCAACAAGAAAUGGCUACAAGAGUGGAGUCAAAAGACACUCUUGUCGGAAGCAGAGCUUGAUCAGAUCCGCGACAAAUUUGGCGAAAGUGUCGGCUUCUACUUCGCCUUCCUGCAGUCGUAUUUCCGCUUUCUCAUUUUCCCAGCAGCCUUUGGAUUUUCGUGCUGGUUCCUGUUGGGGGGAUUCUCGGUGAUUUACACCGUUGUCAAUUCUCUCUGGGGUGUUGUCUUUGUGGAGUACUGGAAGAGACAAGAGGUCGAAUUGAGCUGUCGCUGGCAGACCAAGGGCGUAUCGGUCGUGGAGACUAACCGACGCGAAUUCCAGCCCGAGAAGGAAGUUCGCGACGAUGCUACUGGUGAGAUGCGGGGGGUCUUUCCAGCCACGAAGCGCAUGCAACGCCAACUUCUGCAAAUUCCCUUCGCGAUGCUCGCGGCUAUUGGGCUUGGUGUGAUUAUUGCGACUUGCUUCGCCAUUGAGAUCUUUAUCUCGGAGCUGUACAACGGCCCUCUCAAGUCAUGGCUGGUUUUCAUCCCAACGAUUCUGGUCUCGGCUCUGGUACCAACCAUGAGCGCGGUUCUCGUGUCUAUCGCGACUAAGCUGAACGACUACGAGAACUACGAGACCAAUGAAGCGUAUGAAGCUGCUCUUACCCGGAAGGUCUUUGUGAUCAACUUCAUUACGUCUUAUCUGCCGAUUCUUCUCACCGCAUUUGUCUAUGUACCAUUUGCCAGCUGGAUUGUUCCUCACCUGGACAUUUUCCGGCUCACGGUUCGCCCAUUUGUGUCAAAGGAACACGUCACCGCCACGGACUGUUCGCACUUCAAGAUCAAUCCGAACCGGUUGAGGAAUCAGGUUAUCUACUUUACCGUCACAGCCCAGAUUGUUGGAUUUGCCCUUGAGACCAUCGUUCCCUACCUGAAGCAACAUGCGGCUCGAGAGUACAAGGCUUAUAACAAAAAGCGCAACGACGCAAAUGAUGACAAGGACUCCCCUGAACACUCCCCUGUCAGAAUCUACGAGGAUCCAGAAGAGGAGAAAGAGUUCUUGAAACGUAUUCGCAACGAAGUCGAGCUACCAGAGUACAAGGUGACUGACGACCUCCGUGAGAUGUGCAUCCAAUUUGGCUACUUGUCACUCUUUUCUCCGGUGUGGCCAUUGGUGCCAUUGUCUUUCUUCAUCAACAAUUGGAUCGAAUUGCGGUCUGAUUUCUUCAAAAUUUGCAAAGAGUUCCGACGACCUUCACCCUUGCGAUGUGAUACAAUUGGCCCAUGGCUUGAUAACCUGGGCUUCUUGACUUGGGUCGGUAGCAUCACCAGCGCUGCCUUGCUCUACUUGUUCAGUGGAGACUCAUCAACCGGGCCGAAUGGCGAACCUACCGAUAUCAAAGGAUGGGCAUUACUGCUUUCGAUUUUCUUUGCCGAACAUAUUUACUUGGUCCUCCGGUAUGCCGUUCAAACUGCCAUGGCACGAGUUGAGCCCCCCAACGCGCGCAAGGAACGCAGCGAACGGUACCUGUUGCGCAAGCGAUACCUAGAGUCCACCCUCCAAGUGGAUGUGAACGAGGCGCUCGAGGAGAAAGAUGAGGUUGUUGAUCGCCCUCCCGAGCUGACCCGUAAAGCGCUCGAAGAAGAUGCCCGCCGCAAUUCCGAACACUCCACAGACCCGGCUGAGAGGUUUUGGAUGCGUCAGCGCGGUUGGACUGAGUCGGCCAAAGUGGGAAGUGGAAUCAUCCAGGCUCAGCCAACUAAAAAGAAUUUCAAAAAGCAACAGUGA